UGUGUUUAUGUUUUUAUAUAUUUUUUUUUUAUGAUUAAGUUGUCUAUUGUACUGUUUGGUUAUUAAUUGGUGUGGAAGUGUAUUGAUGUGAGACAGUACACGCUGUGAGAUGCAAGUAUAUUUUUGGAAGAGAUUCCAACAAUAAAGUGUAAUCGAGUUGAAUUGAAUGUACAGUUAGCCGGUCAUAAUGUUGAUGUGUGUGUGUAGAUGAUCUGACUAUGUUUGGAUGUAGUUGAUAUGUGUUUUCUUGUCUCUUUCAGUCUUGCUGGCUGUAAUCUCACUGCUCAGUGUUGUGAGAGUUUGUCAUCAUCUCUACAAUCCUCAAACUGUGUCCUGAGAGAGCUGGAUCUGAGUAACAAUGACCUGUGGGUCUCUGAUGUAAAGAUUAUUUCUGAUGGACUGAAGAGUCAGAACUGUCAGCUGCAGAAACUGAGUCUUGCUGGCUGUAAUCUCACUGCUCAGUGUUGUGAGAGAUUGUCUUCAGCUCUACAAUCCUCAAACUGUGUCCUGAGAGAGCUGGAUCUGAGUAACAAUGACCUGCAGGACUCUGGUGUAAAGAUUAUUUCUGAUGGACUGAAGAGUCAGAACUGUAAGCUGCAGAAACUGAGGUUGUCUGGCUGUAUGGUGUCAGAGGAAUGCUGUGGAUAUUUGUCUUCAGCUCUGAGUUCAAACCCCUCACACCUGAGAGAGCUGGAUCUGAGCUACAAUCACCCAGGACAAUCAGGAGUACAGCAGCUCAGUCACAAACUGGAGGAUCCAGACUAUACACUGAAGAAACUAAAUGUGGAUCAUGGAGGAGAGAUCAGGAUGAAAGCAGGACUACAAAAGUAUGCCUGUGAUCUCACACUGGAUCCAAACACAGCACACUCUCGACUCGUUCUGUCUGAUGGGAACAAGAAGAUCACACGUGUGGAAGAUCAUCAGCCGUAUCCUGAUCAUCCAGAGAGAUUUGAUGAUGUUCUUCAGGUUCUGUGUGUGGAGAGUCUGACUGGACGCUGUUACUGGGAGACUGAAUGGAGCGGAUCUGGUGUUAUAUCAGUGUCAUAUAAAGCAAUCAACAGGAAAGGAGAAUGGAGUGAUUGUGUGUUUGGAUCCAACGACAAAUCCUGGAGUCUGAUCUGCUCUUAUAACAGAUUCACUGUACUUCACAAUAAUAACAGAACUGUUAUUCCUGCUGUCUGUUCAUUCUCUAAGAGAGUAGGAGUGUAUGUGGAUGUGUCUGCUGGUGUUCUGUCCUUCUACAGCGUCUCUGACACACACACACUCACACACUUACACACACUCAACACCACAUUCACUGAACCCCUCUACGCUGGAUUUGGGGUUAAUCCUGGUUCCUCAGUGUCUCUGUGUGAUAUUAAAUGAUAGAAAGACUCUUUCUGAUCUUCACACAAACUCAUCAAAUCUCACAUCAUUACAUUUCUAUUCAUUUUUCAUUAGUUUUUGAUCAUCAUACAGAAGUUAUGAAUCUAGAUCAGACUCAUACUGUUCUGAAUCUUGUAAACUGCUCAUCAAAUCUCACAUAAUUACAUUUCUAUUCAUCUUAAUUCGUUUUUUAUUGUCUUACAGAACUUUCUAUUGUAAACUGCUCAUCAAAUGUAAUAAAAGUCCAUGAGUGACUCAUUUGAUCCUGAA